AUUGCGUGGGUCGCGAGAUCAGUCGUUGUUUGCUUGCCAGCCGCGUCGCUUCGUUAUUGUCAACCACAUCGCCUCGUCGGGUACUUGACCGAUCUUAAGUUUUUACGGCGGCUUUUUGUCGCAUUUCCGCCGGUGUUUGUACUUAAAACCGAGCAGUGAUUAGUGAAUAUGAGUGGGGACACGACCAAUGGUAGUAGUGCUGCCAGCGUGGAACGUGCCAAGCCUGUGGAGACACUGGUACUGGCAAAUUACGCGUUGAAGGCGGAACAGAAACGCGCAGCCGGCCAGGGAGGCCGCAAGGAGGAUGAGCGCAUUACGAGUGCUGUGAUGAAGGUUUUGGAGGGCUAUGAUUGGAAUCUGGUGCAGGCAUCGGCCAAAGCACCAUCCGAUCGCAAGAAGGAGCACAUCAAACGACCCAUGAAUGCGUUUAUGGUGUGGGCCCAGGCGGCACGUCGAGUCAUGUCCAAGCAAUACCCGCAUCUGCAAAACUCCGAGCUGAGCAAAUCUCUGGGCAAGCUGUGGAAAAAUCUGAAGGAUAGCGAUAAGAAGCCGUUCAUGGAAUUUGCCGAGAAGUUGCGCAUGACGCACAAACAGGAACAUCCCGACUACAAAUACCAGCCACGACGCAAGAAGGCGCGAGCGUUGCAAGCAACAAACGCGACUGCAGCAACCACAGAUGGAGAAGUGCCAGCAACAACAACACCAACAAACACAGCGUCUUCGGGGCAUGCGCAAAGACGUGGCGCCGCUUUGGGAAACGCCGCUCAGAAAAGGGCCGGAAAAAGCAACAACAACAACAGAACCGUCGGUAGUCCGCCCUGCCCAGUCCGUCCGUCGUCAGGCAGCGAUGUCUUCAGCAAUGAGGCCUUCAUGAAGUCCCUCAACAGUGCAUGCGCGGCCAGCUUGCUGGAACAGAGCCUACUCAGUGGCGAGGCGGAGAGCGCUAUAUUGGACUCGCCCUGCUCCACGGCCAGUUCGUUGCACUCGAGUGCGCUCUGCGGCAGCGAUGGACAGCCAUUGACGCCACCGGCCACGCCCUACAAUGUGGGGGGCAAGCAGCCAUCAUUGCUGGGCGCUGGUUCAGCUGGAGCAGCGUGCUCCAGUUUAUUGCUGCGGCAGCUAAGUGAGCCCAGCAGUGUUUCUGGAGCGGAUUAUGGUGUGCUCUUAGAGUCUGGACGGGAGUACAUAGCGCUCGGCGAACUGAACUACAACAGCCAGUCGAAUGGACAGGAUAUGGACUUUCUGGAGAACAUGAAUGGUGGCUAUGGCUAUGAGACUGAUACCGCUGGCGGUGCGACACACACCACUGGAGCGCUAAAUUAUUUGACCAACCCCUCGAAGAUGGCGGCAGCAGCGGCAUCGACAGCAGUGACGGCGGCAACGUCAGCAGCGCCAGUGACGGCUUCCACAACAAAUGGUUGCGACAUUGAUCCCAAGGAAAUCGACCAGUAUCUUAUGGAUCAUAUGCUGCCCAUGACGCAUGUGCCGCCUCCUCAGCCUUUGGCGAUAGCUGCUCAGUCCUCGCCACCGCUCACUUCAUCUGCCUCGCUCUCGACCUGCUCCAGUGCUUCAUCGCCGGCAGCGCUGUACAGCAGCAACAACAACAACAACAACGGCAGCAACGGCAAGCAGGUGGAGCUGCAGCCAGUUGAGUGUCUAAUUAUGAGUGGCUCGCCAUCGACGAAAGCAGCAUCAGCAUUAUUAAAAUAG